CCAGCGCACACCCCCAAUGGCGGCUCGCCCCUUCCUCCCGUUCCCCAUGGCGUUGGAAACCCUGCGGGGACUCCAGUCAUGCCUCCUACCAGGGCUGCUCCAGGCAAAGACGGCGCGACCAACAGCAGCCUGGGCACCUUUGGUGUCAAGUCCGGUCUCGCCCAGAUGCUCAAGGGCGGCGUCAUCAUGGACGUGAUCAACGCAGAACAGGCCCGUAUCGCUGAGGAGGCUGGCGCGUGUGCCGUCAUGGCCUUGGAGCGUGUCCCUGCCGACAUCCGUGCGGAUGGCGGUGUCGCAAGAAUGAGCGACCCCAAAAUGAUCAAGGAGAUAGUCGAAGCCGUGACGAUCCCAGUGAUGGCCAAGGUUCGGAUAGGCCACUUUGUUGAAGCCCAGAUCCUGCAAGCCAUCGGCAUCGACUACAUCGACGAGUCCGAAGUUCUGACCCCUGCAGAUGAGGAGCAUCACAUUAACAAGCACGCCUUCAAAGUUCCCUUCGUCUGUGGCGCCAGAAAUCUCGGCGAGGCUCUCCGCCGCAUCUCGGAAGGUGCUGCCUUCAUCCGUACAAAGGGUGAGGCUGGUACAGGAAACGUUGUCGAGGCUGUGCGCCACCAACGUGCGGUUAUGGGCGAGAUUCGCAAGUGCGGCGUAAUGAGCGAAGAAGAACUCUACGCGUUCGCGAAAGACAUUCAAGCGCCAUUCCACCUGCUCAAAGAGACUGCGCGCCUGAAGCGUCUACCAGUGGUCAACUUCGCUGCCGGUGGCAUUGCCACCCCUGCCGAUGCGGCCUUGAUGAUGCAACUGGGCUGUGAUGGAGUCUUCGUUGGCUCGGGUAUCUUCAAGUCCGGCGAUGCUGCGAAACGCGCUCGGGCUAUUGUCCAGGCUGUGACACAUUUCAACAACCCCAAGAUUCUUGCGGAGGUAUCAGAGGACAUUGGCGAAGCCAUGGUUGGUCUCACCAUCGACAAAAAUUUGCCUGGCGGCCACUUCGCCAAUCGCGGCUGGUAAUGCAGUUUAGUAUAUACUACAGAUAUACUAUAUCAUGAAUGAACUUUGUAUCAUGAAUAAACGCCAC